CACUGCUUCACUCCUACUGGCACACAACCUGGUCAUGGUGCUCCCAUGGAAAUUGGUGCCACCCAGUUUCCCCCUCAUCCUGUCCCAUCCUACAUCAAGUACUUUGAUUGCCAAGGCAACCACUACAAACAGGAUUGCCCCCAUGCUAAAGGGAAAGGAUGUGCUAGGCCCAACAUAUGGGAGGCAACCCAGGAGGCACAAGAGACUGCCCUGUGCCAGAUGUCCUUCAAGGAAAUGCAGGCCUUCUUCUAUGACAAGCAAAUUAAUGAGAUGAAGGCCCAGGGAAAAGAGUUCAGCCAGUAG